AAUUCGUUCCCGCCUUCCCGGCCGCCGGCCGGCCUGGGGGCAGCUCGCCGCGCGCCCCAAGGGGUCCCCUGCUUGCCCGUCACUCGGCGACGUCAGCGCUAUCCUUCGCCCGGAGAGCGAGACAAUGCCUUGUGAAUUUUCGCAGGUGAGCCUCAAAGCAGGAGCCCCGAAUCAGCCUCUCAUCUGACAACUGUCAGCUGCUACCGCUUGGCCACCAGCCUGUCACUGCGCCGCCUCUCAACAGGGACAGCAGAAUGAAAGAAGUCAUGUCCAACAACAGCACCACUAGCAUCUCGCAAGCCAGGAAGGCUGUAGAGCAGCUGAAGAUGGAAGCCUGUAUGGACAGGGUCAAGGUCUCCCAGGCAGCCGCGGAUCUCCUGGCCUACUGUGAAGCUCACGUGCGUGAAGACCCUCUCAUCAUACCAGUGCCUGCGUCAGAAAACCCCUUCCGAGAGAAGAAGUUCUUUUGUACCAUCCUCUGACUCCGUUGGUGAUGACGUGGCUCUUUUUCUGUCCAUAAUUCCCUGGCAGAGACCGCAUGCUCUUGGCCCUAGGGAGUCCCAGCCACCCGCCCCGCUCCCCAACCGGGAUGGCCAGGGCCACCUUCCUCCGCUGCUUUUCUUAGUUGUGUUCCAUGUCACGCCUUCUUUUCAUUCUCAUGGCAUUUCCAUCACUGGCAAAUAGACAUUUUCGUAGCCAAAUAACACGUGCCAAGUAAAAAUAAGUAUGGGGUUAAGGGUUUAAUUUUUUAAAGCAUCGAUUCCCUCUUCAGGACAUCGAGCUCAUACAUUUCAGUGGCUAAUUUAUGGGAAAGGAAAACUACGUCCCUCCCGCCCCCCAUUCCCAAUAAUUCAGUAGCAAAUUAGAGCAUUUGGACCCACUGAGAUAUGUGGAUCACGUUUUCAUCUGGAAGUUCUCUAUCUCCUGCUCUUCCAUCAUCCUGUUAGAAAGGAAAUCAUCCACAGCAUCAGACGGCUUUCCCAAUGUGUGUCUUUUCUGCAAGGUCACAGGUCCCUGUUUCCCACUGAUUACCCUCGACCACUUUGGAGAGGGUCCUUCUACAAAUGUCGAUGUUGGGGGAAUAUUGUAGCAAGCUGCACUGUCCGUGCACACCAUGGGAGCUGUCUGUGCGCUCCGGCCACACCAGCCAAGGGCACUGUCCCCCCUCCACAUGUCCCGUCUUCCUGCUUCUCCUUCUCUGACUCCUCCAUAGUUCUGUCCUGGGUGCACUAGUAGGGACCUGUUUGGGUGCAGUACGGCGCCCCGUGGGGUGUCACCAGAGUGGUUCCUGCCCCAGAGGAGCGAGCCACAGGGCAGCAAAUCUCUCUGCACCACCCAUGAUCUGAGCAUUGACCGUAUUCACUUAUUUAAUGCCCCAGCAAUUAAUAACUAUCACGAGAGUAGGUCUGUCUGUUUUAAAGAGAGGAAAACUGAGGGGCGCCUGGGUGGCUCAGUGGGUGAAGCGCCGACUCCUGAUUUCGGUUCAGGUCGUGAUCUCAGGGUCC